CUACUACUGAGCGUGUUUACGCCGGUGCCGCCAAUAAUUUUCCGUUUUUCGUUUUUUCGAGGUUUUUGUAUUAAUUUGUUGUGCUAGCAAGAUGCCCACAUCCAAACUGCAAGCCAACAUGAGUUACCGCGAGGUCAUACCGCGGAACCUCAGUCCGGCGGAGUGGAUCGAGGUGAAAAUCAACACGGGAACCCAGAGCACUUUGCAGGAUUUCAAAACCUUCGAAACCUCCGGCGGCUAUUGUUACAAGAAUACGAAAAAUGUUCAGACCAGAAACCGUUUCAUAUAUUGGCGGACAUACCAGGAUGUCCUCGAACUAUCAGAGGUCAGCUUGGACAUCUCCCUGCAGCGGAACCACCUGCGUCUGCGGUUCACCGAUUCAGCUGUGCUGAAUGUAUCACUCACGGAGCAAAAUACAUCCGUCACCCUGCUGGUGGUCACGGUCAGCAGUGUGCAUCGCUAUGUGUUUCCCUUGAAGAUUGCUGGACAGGAAGGCGGCGCAACUUCUCCCGAGGAUGUGCUAUCCCAGUCCAUUUUCUACGACGUCAAUGACAAGAUCAAUGAUCCCAGCACUUACUAUGUCACGGAUGGCUUUGCAACUAUGCCCAACGUGGCUGUAUCGUACCUCACUCAAAACUCCCAGUCAGCCUACUUUGCGGUGGCGUAUCAGAGCAAACUACUGCUCCACGUUAUGAAAUGCGCCACCGGCCAUACUAUCACCCACGAAAUCAAGGAGCCGAAGCUAAUGCCAUGGUUUCUGUCGAAUCUCAAGGGUGCCCUCACCGGCCGUUCUGAAACGUUGGAGGCAGCCACGUCCAUGGCUUUCAGUGAAAUCGAGGGUGAAAUUUUCAUUCUGGUUUUGUAUCGCAAUAAUGAGUUGCGUCUAUGGUCAGUGGAUAACUUGCAGAUUGUAGCCAGCAUUAACUGCUCCCCCGAACUGGGACAGGACUCAGCAGCUCAAGGACCUCAAAACAGCCAGCUCCGAAAAAUAAGCGAUCAAAACUUCUGUCUAUUUCUCUCGCACAAUUCCCGAGCUGAGUUUAUAUGCGUUAGCAUAAUGCCCGAUGCCGACGAUGCCAGCGUUAUCAAUUUGGUGCAGAACAUUGUGCCGGCGCCGCAAACGGAUCUGGUCGACUUUGAUGCCACGUCCUCGCACAUCUGGGCCCUUUGGAGCAACGCUGAAGGCGAUUUCCAUGUCUCUGCAGCAUAUUUUGCAUCAAAUAACGCAAUCAAAUGGGUUUCUGCUGCUCUAGAACCGCCACCGGAUCGGUAUUGUCUCACCAUGGAGCAGGGAGUGGAUCCACGCGAAACUUACUGCAGCUACAUCUUUCAUCCUGGUCGAUUUGACCGAAAUGUAAUUGCCAAGGCUUUAUAUAUGUUCAGACGUGUUAACCUGCAAUUCGACGUAAAGCAACUUUCCAUGUCAGUGCUCAAGGAGCAGGUAUGUCAGGCCGUGGAAGAUGAAAUCCAGAACGAACUGAAAGACUUUGUGGUCACCGACGAGGAGUACUUGGAGAUAUCCACUCGGCUGUGGGAUCGCUUUUACUCCUGCUGCGAACAGUAUCACAUUAAGCUUUCCGAGCCGACAGGACUCGCCGUUCUUGGUGGAAUGGAUGCAGUAUGUUUGGUUAGAAGGCAAUCAUUCGCAUUGCUGCGCCCCUGCGAAGUCCUCGAGCACCUGUUGCUCAUUGGCGAGCAUAACGAUGAAGUGGCCACUUAUGUGGCGCCACUAUUUCGCAACGAUCCGGAAAUGGCCAAGGGUUUCGUGGAGCUCAUGAAUGUGGUGACACUGCUUGAUAAACUGAUUUCGGAGGAUAUUAAAAUCCAGCUCGAUAAGCAGCUUUACCAGCGAGAGUCUCCGGUUGAAGUAAUAUCAAAGCUGGUGGCUAGGAUCAGUGUAAUCGAUGAUAAUGGUCCGAUAAUGCCAUCAAACUGUGUGAGGCAAAUCCAACAGAAGCUGCACGAUUUACCAAAUCUUGAACCCGCUUUGGAAAUGCUGCUCGAUGUGCUGUGUAUGAUUGAUCCAGAUGCACCGCCGCAUGAUUAUUCCCUUUCUACGCGCUUCUUGCAGUCGUCUGGGGCUCUAAUGGGUAGCGAAUAUGGACUUUCAAUAUUGUCCGAAACAGUGAAGCAAAUGGCAAUGAUACGGUUUUCUGUUUGCCGAAACCUUUUGGUAUUGCAGUACUUGGCUUAUGGUCAGAACGAAAUGGAAAGCGAAAAUGUUUUAACAAAUGUAAAUUAUCUGAACUCGUAUUAUACUCUGGUUUGGAUUGCCGAGACACCCAUUUCAUCAAGUACCCCAGCUGGAUUCGAGGCUUCUAUUCAACGAUUGAGCCGUGCACAACUUUUCAGCGGCUAUAAUCGACCAUACUCCAGCCAUCUGAAACAUAAUGGCAACGAUCAGACCACUCUGCUCCGACUGUUCCUGGAAUCCAAAGGUCUGUUCAGCGCCUUGACUAUGCUGCUGAAGAAUGACAGUUUUUCGCUGCACUCGGAGCAAUUGAAUCUACGCCAAUCUUUGCUCCAACUAGUGGGAUACAUCAAUAAGAUGCUUUGGCCCGGGUCUCCGAUUUACGUAUUUCCGGAAUGGUUAUUCGGGACCUGUCAUCACAUCGUUGUUCAGGACUACGUGCGCAUUUUAUCAAACUGGUGUUCCGCACAAAAACAUGCCAGACGCUUUAUGCUAGCCGUAUCUCUAUUGGAUUGCGGUGAGGCCCACAAGGCCGUGCAUCUCUUUCACGAGGCAGAGUCUGGCAUUGUGGAGGAUGACUUCCUCUUUGAGCACGUACUUAAAAAUACCCCUCUAUACGGCAAAUUGCAGGAUAGCGUUAGCCGGGGCGAUACAAUUUCCCCCGAAGACAGAAAACUGGCAAUUGUUCACUACUAUCUGAAGGUCAUCCAGCUCUUUGAACAGCAUUCCGCACUGGACUACAUUAUUCAGCUGGCCGACGUGGCCAUUAGGGUGCUGCAGCCAGAUGAUCCUCAGCUGCCCAUGUUCCAGUCAAUAGUUUUCAAUAAUCAUCUGCAGUUGGGACACUACAUGGAGGCGUACACCGCCUUAGUCAACAAUGCAGAUAUUUCAAGGCGAAAGGAUUGCCUUCGUCAGUUGGUCAUAACGCUGUUCCAAAACAAAUGUCUGCCCCUGCUUAUGCAAUUUUCCUACAUUGGGUUGCAAGACGAGUUCGAGAGCAUUGUUGAAUCCCGGGCACGAUCAAUGAGCAUUGAUCAGAACGAAGUCUACAACUUUUUGUAUGCAUUCCAUACGAACAAGGGUAACAUGAGAAAAGCUUCUACGGUUAUGUAUGAGCAGGCCAUGCGGUUUCAAGUAGACAGCGAUGCCCCAAACGCACUAGAGAGACGUUGCUCCUCGCUGUUGAUUUGCCUAAACUGUUUGCACCUGGUUGACAGCCGCUACAGAUGGAUUGCCAAGCCUGCUCUUGGUGAUGAGCGGGUGAUUACCAUAGAUCAGGAUAACGACGAUGGUGAGCCCAAGGGUGAUGAGGACAAGAGACGCCAGGACGUGGUUGUUCUAGAGCUGGCUGAUAUCCGAAGGGAACUGGUGCACGCAGAAGCAUUACGCGAGCUUUCCUUCUACCGCAAAGAUGCAGCUUCCUACGAGCGGGCCACACCCGAGGAGCUAUCAUACCUGCUGGCUAGUUGUGGCCUGUACACCGCGGCAUUGAAACUUUCGCGGGGACACUCUUUCUCUGUGCUCCCCAUAUUCGAGAGUCUGACAUCCGCUUGUGUUGCUGCCACUGAGGAAAAGACGUCGGACGUCUGGAACUGGCUGCAAAACAACGACAUGGCAGAUCUACCUCAUCGAAGCAAUGCUGCCGAUAUGGCCUGGACUUUGCUUCAAAAACUGGUUGUGGAUAACGAGGCAAGAGACUCCACCUUGAUAAGAAAGAGCGUGGUUCAAAGGCUUCUCGGGAUGAACGCAUUCUUGCCCCAGUGGCUGAUAAACUCCUACAAGUUAUCCCACUCCCGGGAACUGCUUCACUUACUCGUGAAGCACAAUCGUCUGCUGGAAGCAGCGGAUCUGGGAUGUGAAAUAAUCGCCGGCAUGCUGGGAGCAGGCAGCGAGUAUUUCGAAUUCAAGUACUCGGUGAACGUAGCAAGCCCACAGCUCUGCUUCCCCAUCAGCACGAUCGAUUUGCUGCUGCACGGUUUAAAGAUUAAUGGCAAGGAUGAUCUUGAAUAUGAAAUGGCUUACUUUAAACUCGAAGAAGAAGUUCAAAGAUACAUUGAGACCAUAAAGCGCACCACCGAUGAUAAGAUAAGCAUGGCCGUUCUGCAGAGGCGAACGGGGCUUCAGCAAGAUCAUUAAAAGUUUGUUUUAAUCAGUUUAUUUAAUAAGUUUUUUGAAUUAAAUGCUAAAGCGUGUAAAUCGUUUAAAAA